ACGGCUCUUCUGGCAGCCCGCGCCCUCCCAGGCUGGGAUGCAGGCCCGGAGGCGGCCGCACGCCCUGGAGGAGGGCUUGGCUUUGGUGGAGUUGUUUGGGGGAUUUUCCUCCUUUUGUAAUGGGAAAGAGAGGUGGCGGCGGGCACUGAUGGAUCCCAGGUGGCAGUGCCAAGCAGAACCGGGGCUGCGUCCUUAGGAAGAGGAGGAGGAUGGCGUGGGAUGAAGCAGGAGCCCCUGCCCUGUGGGUUAGGGGUGGUUUGCACACAUGUGGGCACAGGGCUGGGCAGCGCCCACGUGGUGACACCGUGCUUUGUCCCUGCAGGCAGACACACAGAUGCAGCAACCCGGCACGGUGUCCUUCAGAUUCAUCAGCAAGAUGCGGCUGAAUGACUCUGUCUGCUACGUGAAAGCUGCCUUCCCUUUGCUGGGCACGAUCCUGAACAGGACGACGUUCAAGGAGAACUCAACCAACGCCAACAAGAUGAAGACGGUGCGCAGGAUGUACGAAAGCAUCGAUGAGAACGUGGACCCCUGCAUCAGGGAGGAGGACGACGAGGAGCACGCGCUCUCCGAAAUGUGCUUCGAGGAGUUCACCACGUCCCCCUACGAGAUGCUGGUGCUGGUGAGGCAGUUCUUCCAGGACAUCAAACAACUGCUGCAGAACAAGGAGACCUUUGAGAAGGACUGCAGCCAGGUGUACCGCAGUGCGUGCGCGGGGCCCCAGCAGCACAGCUCCUCACCAGGUGUGGGGACAGAUCCUGACUGCAAUUGCCUGUCCCCUGCCCUCCCUUCUGCCACCCAGCCCUCCCUCUCCGCUGCCUCCCGUGCCGGCAGGGACGUGGCACCCUCUAGCACCAGGGUCCCUUACCGCCAGCUCGGCGGCAUCCUGGCUGAGUUAGGCAGCAGUGCCUCGUCCGAGCCCCCCAGUAGCAUGGAGGGCAGCUCGGGGGCCGAGGAACUGCCAGGAACCGGGCUCGGCGACGCGUCGGCGCCGUCCCCCACCGUGCAGCAGACGCUUGGAGCCCUCCUGGAUCCGGCCGCGAGCGCCAGCCCGAAGGCUGAGGACAAAUCCAUCCCGUCCCACGGGAUGCUGGAGGAGGGCGCCGGGACCCCCGUCCUCCCGCAUCAGCUCCCUUCGCCCCCGAGGGAUCAGCACGGCGAUGCCGGC